GUAUUGACGAUGGUGGUCUAGAAGCGAAAGAUCUCGAAUUCGAAAUGUUAGACAAGCGACUGCUGAAACUUGAAACAAUGAUGGAUGAGUCUCAUAAGAACGAUGUUUCCAAGAAUGAUUUGAAUAAUGUAUAUAAAGAUAUGGGAUCUAUAUCGGAAGACAUAACUAGUUUAAAGAAUAAAAUUAGUGAUGUGGAAAACUAUAAGAGGGAUAUGUACGUCUUCAAAAACAAACUAAACAGAAUCGAGAAAAAGGCCGAACAAGUGGAUGAACUCAUCAUUAAAUAUGACCGAAUUAAAAAAUGUGCUUUUUAUAAUAAAAUUUGUAUGUGAGAUGUUGUGACUGAUAAUUUAAGAAUCUGUGCAUAUGUAAAUCUAAGAUUACUUUAAGGAGUCAGUAUUUUGUAUUUUGUGGAAAUGCACUGCCACUGCCAUUGUAAUUUUUUACUUAUUUAUAAUAAAAACAAACUACAAAUAUA